CAUACUUUUCAUUGAUUAAUUUUAUGUCUGGUUCUAUUUGUCAAUUGUGUUUUUAUUAUUUUUAAUUAUAUGGUUACGUCGUAUUAGUUUAAUGAUUUAUGUCAAGCGUGUAUUACUGGAUUUAGACUCUUAUUUUAUUUUAUUAAAAGUUAACGGUAAUGUUUGUAAUGCCAGAGACUAACACAAUGUGUUUUGUCAUGUUUCUGCUAUUCUUUAAAUUGCGGAAUGUGUUUUGCUUGAUGUAAUUCGAUAAGUUAUGAUCAGGUGAUCAAAUCAGUUUGUUGAAGCAAUUCGCUUAUGGAGAUAAUAAUGUAACAAUUGUCUUUUAGCAUUAUUUUUGUCACGACGGCUUUCCAAAAAAUAUAUAGCAUACUACUGUAAUCUUUUGCAUACUUUAUUAUCUCUGGCAUAUUUUGUGAACCUACGUGUAGUGAAAAUUGGUAUAAGAAUUAUUAUGAAUUCAGUACUAGUGUAUAGUAAAAUGUUCCAUUUUCCGCUUUAUUACUGUGAGCACUGAAACUGUGAUCACUGAAACAGUAGCUUGAUAUUGAACAAUAAGAACAUAAUAACUGCGUCAUUAUUCAGGUACGAACAACAAGUUAAAUAACGGAUUUUUAUUGGAAGUAACGUCCUCGUAGUUCAUAAAUAGAAAAAAAUGGCAUCGUCAGGAAACGUGAUGAUCAUUGAUGACGAUGAUGAUAAUGAACCUAACCAUCAGCAAACUGAAAAUCAAAUGAUAAAGGCGGAUGAUCCGCUCUAUGCAAUAACAAGGCCAAAUGAACCGCAAAAUAUACAAAACGAUGGAGAUUCCGGUACUAAAUGUAUACCAGCACACUUUACGCGACAACUAUCUACUCCACUGAACAUUCCUAAACGGUUGCCGCAUUUCGGUGAACAUCAGACAGCGUCCCAUGGAGCAUCUGCUUCGAGAAUAUCUGAGACAGAAGAAAUGUCUGCCGUUGAAGACAGACUGCAGAAGUUUCAAGGUAACGAUGUGGCGCCUAAACGACGCGAGCGGGCGGGAAAACCUAAAUGGCGGAGAGAAAGACCUCGUAGCGGAUGUGGGUUUUUAGGUAAAGAUUCAAAUGCGCCGAAGUUUCCGUUUGAAGUUAUAGAAGAAAUGUCAGCCGUUAAUGUCACGAUGCUAAUCAUCAAAGGGUUUGGUAGGAAGCACAGGAGUUCUACUGUAAACAUCAACCUCGACGAGCGAAAUAAUCGAGUGACCAUUGAAGCACAAUCAAUGGAGGAAUUGAAUACCGUUCAGAUAAACAUGCGUGGAUGUCUUGAACAGAUACGUACGAGAAAAAGGAAUGUUGAUAAGAAUGUGGCUGAUUUUUUGGCAACUGAUCCGUGUCGCAAAUGCUUGCGUGCUAAAUUGAAAUGCAAAAAGAUAGGAGCUGUAAUUGAUGCACAAGAACAUUCUUGUGAACUGGUCGGGUAUGCAUUCACUGUAAACAAUCUCGACACAGCGUUUAACGUUUUAGACGAAACGUUGAUUACAAGAGACAUUCCGUUGCAAACGCACGAUCGCGAGGCUGUUAAUGUGUCAAUCAAUAAAAUAAGUCAACACAAAACCGAACUUACUGGUAUGUUCGUGUCCUCGACGACAGUUAAAUUAAUCAGUUUCGUUGAAAGAGAAGUAGACGAAAUAGAGACGAAGAUCCAGAAUUUGAUGAAGGAUUGUAAGCCAAAGGAAGAACGCGCGAUUGUGGAAUUACAUAAUGCAAAAGCCAGGUGCUUUAACAAGCACUUUUCGAGUGGACUUCAAUCUGCAAUAAGACAAAGAAACGGCCAGUAUUGGCCUGAACAGUCUGGCAAUGAUGAAAAUAUCAAAGUGACUAUCACAGUCAUUGGAGAGUCGGGCCUUAAAGACUUGCUAGAACAAACCGUGAAUAAGAUUUGGAAGGAACGAUUUGACUUCGCAAAAGUAUGCACUAACGCUGAUGAUAAAUGGCUGCUUGUGAAGGGUGUUUCUGGGAAACAGGGUAUGACUUUCCUGAAGCACUGUGAAGUAACUUUCGAUUGCUUCAUAGAACAGUUUAAAGAGGGCACAGUACAACCACCCACUGGAAAAUCACGGGUAACAGUUCAACCCACCGAGGAUUCGGAUACUUCAAGUAGCAGCGACGAUGAAAUGAGUCCAGGUGCUGAAGCCGAUGUUGAUAAUGAAAACAGACAAAAUAGAAUUGUGCCUGCUAGAUCGAUCGGUUCAGACACAUACAUUCAACUGCAGGGAACCUGUGACUACAAAGUGGCUUUGGCUCGAGCUCUUCAAAAAUCGCUUGAAUCAGAAAGCAGUGGACUGAAUCAUCCAAACAAUGAAGCCCGCGGAUUGCGUCAGUUGAGAGAAAGGUCCUUUCCGUCUUUGGAAUUCGAAUCUCCGGAAUAUGAUGAUAAAGGUGAUAGAGGCUAUUCCGAUCGGAUGAAAAAGGUUGUGUAUCUGCCCCAGGAGGAUCGGAAGCAACAAGUACAAAGACCCAGGCAUGCAUAUGAUAAACGUGAUCAAGGUGAUAAUCCUUCUCUAAUGAGUACAAGCAGCUUUUCGCAAAACAUGAAUGGAAUGCAAAUUCAUGUAGUGAAAGGAGAUGUCACAACAGAAAAGGCCGAUGCCCUGGUGAACAUGGUUUCUUCGAAUAUGGAUUUUGGUGAAACUACCGUCUCGAAGGCGUAUCAGAGAGCAGCCGGAGACGCCCUUGAACAAAGCUAUGCAGCCGGUAGACAGCAUGGUCGAAAUAUAAACCGAGUUAUCGUCACCCAGGGUUGUGGAAAGCUGAUUUGCAAAAUAGUAAUACACGUCGGUCUUAUUGUUGGGAAAGACAGGUGCAAAAUGUGCUUAAGCAUGUUAAUUCCGCAAAUACUGCAAGAAUGCGAGAAGAAUCGGUGUCAGUCCAUUGCCUUAAUACCACUUGGUCUAGGACGAAUGUACAAGUACGAGGCUGAUGACUGCGCGGAGCAAACCUUUUUGUCUCUAAACCAGUAUCACCAGACGUAUGGAAUUCUGAAGGAGGUCAAGAUUAUUGUUUCCGAUGACAAGACUUUGCAAGUAUUUACGACAGCAUUAAAAUCCGCCGCACAAAGUGGAACCAGUAGUCGUGUACAAUUACCGUCAUUUCAGCUCCCAUUUCAACUCCCUCCGCAAGUAGCUAGGUCGUGUUCACCGGUGACUUUACAACAGCCAUACAUGUCCCGUCAGCAGCAGCUGGGACUUUCAAAACCAUUUGUACAGAUAACUGGUUCUCGUCCAUCUAACCCAGCAGUUUCCUCCAAGCCAAAGGCAGCGCAAUUUCAACACAAAGACGGAAAUUCUGGUCAACAAGCGCGUUCUGACUCUUCUCCAAAUUUACAAAUUGAUACAAGAAGCACCACAAGACACUACAGAAGUUCUCGUGUGAAAUAUCAGGCGGUGCCGGGCUUGAAUAUAAGUGUUUUCGCCAAAGAUAGGCCUACAUGCGAAAACGCACUGACGGAAAUGGGCAAAACAAUGAAGCAAGAUUUGCUUUUUGAAAAGAAAUUUGAAAGGAUCCAUUCAUUAUCGAAGGAAACUAAAUCAGAGAUUGCGAAAGUCAUAGACGAGCACAAUAUUAUAUCAAUUAAAGAGAAAGAUAGUUUCCUCCUGAAGGGGAGACGUGACGGAGUGCUCAGUGCCCACAGUUGUAUUAUGGAGAUUCUACUUAAGAACCCAAGAUCGUCAAACACGAAAAGACGUACUGAAAAUACUAAGAGAGAAACUUUAGAAUUUGCACGUGUCGUUGCGGAAGAAGAACCUAUGGCACCAAAUUACUGGAAGCACUACCAAGAGGGUUCAACACUUGCAAAUAUUAUUUUGUCUGUCAAACACAAAAUAAAGGGAAACGACUAUGAAAAGGUCGAUAUCAAACCAACAUCCCGCACCUACAGUAGAAUUGUUCGAAUGGUCAAUGAAACUACAGAUCCUUCAGUUAUUGGAAAGGGAAAAGAUGCGAAUGGUCUCGAUCCUGGACGAUAUUCCAAACUGUGGGUUACCCAGAUCCAACGCAUAGAAAAUUUGAGUUUGUUCCGAAAAUACUGCCAUAAACGUCAGUCGUUGUUUGAACAGCUAGUUAAACAAAAGAAAGGGGCUUGGCUAAAAGUUGAAAACUCACCUAAGUCAACCGGGCCAAUAGUACUACAAAAGCUUGCGUCCAGAAAAAUGGCAUCAGAUUUGCAUCCUGAAAUAAACGAAGUGUUGUUGUUUCAUGGUACAACAGAAGAUACCAUAGAUACCAUAUGUCAGGAUGGACUCGACUCAAGGCUCGGAAGUGGCAAAGCGAUGUUCGGUCCAGGCGUGUAUGGUGCGGAGAAAGCAUUAAAAGCCGACCAGUAUACAGAUGACCCAACGUCACGAACAUACGGACAAGGUAAAGUUAAGAAAAUGUUUCUUAUGCGCAUGCUUUUGGGGCAGUGUUUUGUGUGCGACGAUCAAAAUCCAACCAAAUACAAACGCGCACCGUGCUGCACAUGCUUCAGUGACGUCUGCAAGCAGCAUUUACAGCGAUUUGAUUCUGUCAUUGGCGAUAACCAGAAACUGUUUAGGGAGUUUGUUGUCUACGAUAAUGGUCAAUGUUAUCCGGAGUAUUUGAUUACCUACGAACGGCGAUAGACUACUGGAUGGUGACUUAUUGGCCUGAUCCAGGAUGAUGUCCAAACGUUUUGAACUCUAUUUGUGGAAGAUAUUUUGUUAUAUCUGAAUAUCUUAGUGGCGUUGUAUUAACUGUUUAACAAUGACAACGUAAACUCAUACUAUUAUCAGUGCAGAUAAUACGAUACAUCUAUUUACGAUUUAUAUUUUGACAACCCGUGUAAAACUCCUUUUAAAUAUGCGGUUCGAAGCUUACGUCAAUGUCCCCUUAUUUAAUUAAAAAUAAAGGAGGUACAUGUACAUGUAUCACCAUCUGCCAUGAAACACCCGUACGUUUAUUUGUAUAGGUUGCAAUAUUUCAUCAACAUACUUAAUGCUGUAUUCGUCUAGAAAUAUACCAAAGGUGUAGACAAUAGAUAACUACAAGCACGUUCUAAUUCAAUACAUAUAUCUAACCAUAUUGAUUUUAGAAUACUGAUUUGUUACUAUGUUAUAUUUUUUACAAAUAUUUAUGUUAUUUGAGACUUAAGACAAUAGUUGUAUGUGUCCGUGAUAUUAAUCCUGAUGUAAAUCAAUUAUAGUGUUUAUUUAUAUUUUUGUAAAUGGUUUAUUUAAUACACCACUUAAGUGUAUAGCUUAAUAUUGUAUUGUGAACUCAUUGAUAAUAAGGCUAAUUUACAUAAAAACUUAUAAGCCGUAAAUUUUAUAUUAACCCAUAUGUAUGUAAAUUCCAAAAGUUAUUAGUUUCCUGUGACAAAUCAGUUAUUUGUAAUGUAUGUUAUUGUAUCAAAGAAGCUCUUGUUAUAAGAAAUACGAUUCUGAAUAAUACUGUUCAAUCAAUUGCAUGACCGCUCAUUUACAUACUGUUUAUACCUGUUUAAUUGUCUCUUAAAUCGCUUUUUUUCAUUAAGUGUGAUACAAUGUACUCAAAUAUACAUAAUGUGUAUGAGCACACUCGAAAUGAAGUUUGUAUUGGAUUUAUUCAUUUACUGUAAAAUCGACAGGAAAAAACAGAAGCUUAUACAGUUCAGUAAAUGUUUCCCUGUGUUUGUAUUGUAUAGUUCAGUAAAUAUAUCCCUGUGUUUGUAUUGUAGUGUUCAGUAAUUUUAUCACUGUGUAUGUAUUUUAGUAUUCAAAUUGAAUCCGUGCUUAAGGUUCUAAUUUAUAUUUACGUAAUAAAGUUAUAUAUAUCUGUUGAUUUAUAUUUAAAUGUAAUUUCUGCGAUGUGCAUGUAUUUUAUAGCUUUCGGGAAAUAGAACUGCUUGUGCUUCUUCGCGAUUAUAAAUUGUUUCGUUUUUUGUUAGUGCUUGUAUUGGUUGGAAUAAUAUAUUUGUGCAGCGUUAGAAUGUAUUCAACAAAAUCAUACUUAGUAGUUUUAUGAUUUAUUUGUUUUAAUAAUAAUUAUUAAAUACACGUACGAUCAUGAUUUUAUAAUUUACAUUCUAUUCAAGUAUGAAAUACGCGUACAGUAUUUAGAAAACACAGAGCAUUUUAUGUUUUCUUUUUUAAAUUUCAUUUAAAUAUAGUUGACUUUCAAUACAACAAAAGACAUGUAGAGAAUAAUUCCUAGAAACCAUUUGACAUGUAAAAAUUAUUUUACCAUGUGCAAUAUAAUUACGGUGAACAGUUGAAAGAAUGUUUUCAUUAUGAAAAAAGACUUCGUUUUCUCUGUAUUAAAUAUUUGUUUUACUUUGUAUUGUGUUUGAUUUGCUAGUUUCAUGGUUGUGUGUUGAUAUUUUUUUAAUUGGGGUAUUGUAUUGGGUUAUACCACUGCACUCAUGUUCUCUUACCAAGAAAAGUUUGUUUAUUUAAGCCCUAUCUUCUCACAUCGGUCCCCAUGGCCCUUAACAGCUUUUAGCAAUACCUGCUCAAGAUUGAUUUAUUUGUCCAGUCUGUUUGCUUGCUUUUGUUUUUAUCACGCGCUGUAUGUUAUGGGUCAAAGAUUAACAUAAUAAAUAUAUUAUGGUUUAUGUAUAUACUAUAAAAUAUAUUCGCUAUGUAUAAUGAACUUAAUAAACACGUAAAAUGUGC